UAACCGGCUUUGGAUAGGUACCUAUCUUAAAUACAGUGUUGAUUUAUUUGUCUUGUGACUGCACCAGUGUUAUUCUCUUUGAAGUAGACAUUGUUGUCGAUUUAAUUAAUUCUGUGCUGUAGCUGACUACCUACACAGUCUAUUUACAGAAGCUAUGGACUUGUAUUACACACCGGGCUCAGCGCCGUGCCGCGUCGUCCUUCUGGUCGCCGCGGCGCUGGACAUCCAGCUGAAUCUUAAGGAACUUAAUCUACAAGCCGGAGAACACAUGACAUCCGAAUUUCUAAAGUUAAACCCCCAACAUACAGUACCAACGCUGGUGGAUGACGGUUUUGCGCUCUGGGAGUCUCGCACCAUAGGCCGGUACCUGAUCAGAAAGUACAAUAACAAAGAGCUAUACCCCGAGAAUAUAAAGAUCAGGGCACUGAUCGAUCAACGACUGGACUUCGAUUUGGGGACUCUUUAUCCAAGAUUCGGAAACUUCUUUUAUCCCCAAAUUUUUGCCGGAAAACCUGCUGACGAGAGUCUAUACAAAAGAUUGGAGGAGUCUGUGGACUUCUUCAACUCGUUCCUGAAAGGCCACAAGUAUGCAGUCGGAGACACCCUCACGCUCGCGGAUCUGAGUUUGGUUGCUACCGUCUCUACGAUGGAAGCAGCAGGAGUUAAUUUAGAUUCGUAUCCACGAGUUCAGCGAUGGUUUGAGUUGGUGAAGUCUACCGCACCGGGUUAUGAAGAGGCCAAUGAGAAGGGCCUCAAGAAGUUUAAGGCUCUUGUUGCUAACAUCAAAGCUAAAACGGAACUUUAAGUAAAUCUUACCUAUAGGUAUAUUUAAAAUAAAUAUGAUAAAACAAUUACAGUUUUGUAUGAUUCACGGUUAUACCGGGAUUUGACCGGGAUAUGGGAUUAAUAAUCGGUAGCUUGGAAAUAAUUCAAAAGAUAAUAACACUAAUAACGGUCAACAUCCCGGUCGAUAUAAUUAUCUCUAAUGUUAAACAAUUGAAAUUAGAAGGUACGUAAAGUGUUAAUAAUAAUAUAAUUAAAUAACCUUACUUGUUUAAGAAUUAAAAUUAAAACUACUGAGUAGAUUGUAUUUUGCU